CAGGAGGAAGACGGAAGAGAAGCUAAACAAAGUGAAAGCGUCGCGUCGGUUCCUCCCGAAGCUUCAGAGAUGCGAUGUUUCUGCGUCACGUCGCCGAGGCGGCGCUGUCCGAGGUGAACGAGGUGUCUGCUGGCGUCCGGAGAUGCGUGGACGUCUGCUGCCUCCUGCUCCUCGCCACGCUGGGCCGGCUGCUUCACUUCCUGUCCGGCGUCCUGGUUUCCCUCCGCAGCCGCGGCAGCAUGGUCGGCCGGAGCGGCGCCACUCUGGUUGAAUACUGGAACUUUGCUCUGUUCUCCUUCCUCGCCGCCACCGAGGCCGUCUCCGGCGCCGCCCACGGAGCGCUGCACGCCAUGGAGGACUGGCUGCAGGUGCUGGGAGGAGUGCUGGAGAGUUUCAAGAUGGUGGGACACCUCUUCUGUCACGUGGCGUGGCGCAUGAAGGACAUGCUGCACCGCGGGUUGACGCUGGCGUGCUGCGUCCUGCGACAGACGUGCGAGGGCGUGCUCAUCGCCCUCAGCCUCAUUCUGUACUUCGUCAACACGGUGGUCAACGUGAUGCUCAUCAGCACGCAGAACUGUCUGUCCGUGCUCGCCGGCGUCUGGGAGGCGGUCGCCGGCCCCGCCCACAAAGUGCUGGACCUGGCGCUGACCCUGCUGACCUUCCUGUACAGCUGUCUGGCCGGCGCCUCCGUGCUGCUGUGGACGCCGUGCCAGCUGCUGCUGGACUUCCUGGAGGCGCUGGGGCGUGUCUUCGUCACUGUCUUCGUGGUCGACUCACACGGGCUGCUCGCCACAGUUGCCGUUAUCUCUCUGACUCUUCUGGUGUUGAACCCCAGACUAACUGUGCUCGCUGGUCAGCUGCUCCUCCGCCUGGUCAACGCUCUGCCGGGGGUUCAUGGCGUUCAGGCGACCGUGCGCCGGCUGUACGCCGCGCUGGUGGCGCCCGCUCGGGCCCAGCGCGCCGCCCACACCGGGACAGCAGAGGACCGGAGUAGGACCAGGCUCUUGGACACAGACGCAGGUGGUCUAACCUCAGAGGACCACCCGCCUCGGGGAAACGUCCCGAGUCGGCCGGACGCGGCGCCGCAUCUCGCUCAGCAGGACGGCGAGCCGGCGAGCGGCGGCGGCACGAGGACGUGUCAGUCCAACUCGGCGGCGGAGGACGGCGAGCUGCUCCACCGGCUGAACGAACAGGAGGAGAGGAAGAAGUGCGUCAUCUGCCACGACUCCAACAAGACGGUGCUGCUGCUGCCGUGCCGACACCUCUGCCUCUGCCGCCACUGCGCCCGCAUCCUGACCGAGCGGCGCCCGCUGCCGCAGCGCUGCUGCCCGCUCUGCCGCCAGAACAUCACACAGACCUUAGACGUCUUCCUCUGACGCGGCGCCGACCCGAACACGAAGCUGCAGCGAGCGAGAGAACACACGACUCGUUGCUCUGCUGAACUUCCUGUUUUUUUGUGAGUUUCUUUUCUCCUCGAAGGUGAAUUUGAAACUUUUGUGUUUGAGACUAAAUGAGAAACUUGAAUUUGUUAAUUCUGGAUUCGUGAAUCUGUGACCGACAGUUUUGAGAUUUCAGAAACAGUAGAAUUCAUGUUCAGUGAUGAUUUAAUGAACAUCUGUAUCAUUACUCUGUUUAUCUUAAUGAGAGCUUAUCUUCAGCUGUUAGAAACCAGAAGGUUAAAGUUCACAUCAGUUCAACUCAUUGUUCUCACUGGAUUCAAUCAGAAAUAAAGUUUUCUGACUGGA